GAUCUUUCGGUCCAUUCAGUCAACUUCUGGAAGUGAUCGCGUUAGCAGCUUACUUUUGAUCGAUCGCGCGCUGAUCCUACUCUCGCAAAGUUCGCGCGACUACGCAUGGGAUCAAAAUAAGUUAAGCCCAUAACUAAAAGUCUCCGGCAAAGACGCGUCAAAACGAAAAAAAAAAACUCAAAUCGAAGGUGCAUGCAACCGUGAGGUUUUUGUGAGGGGACAAACGUUACUAAGUAUUGCGUUGUUGUUUCUUUUUUCGGAAUUUCGGCGGCUGCGGGCGACGGCUUUUGUGGCGUAACCUUGGCCGUUUGGUUUGGAUCAGCGCGGCGGCAGUGAUAUCACGAAACACGAAAUUCGAGUUUGGAAGUUUUUGGCUGCUGCAGCAUUGUGAUGGCUGUGUUGUUACCUAUAUUUCUUUCGAGUUUUUGGAAGUUAUGCAACUGAAGCUGCAGUUGGAUUGCCGAAAUUUAGACGGGGGUUUGUGAGUUAGGUGACAGUUUGGAUCAGCUAGCCUAAGCAAAGGUUUGUGAUGAGUGAAUAGCAGAAGUGCAUUUGUCUUAAUUGUAGCGAUCCGGUUAGUGAAUAAUAAAUCGAUAAGUUAUUCUACCGUGAGAUGAACGUGACUGCAUUGUGAAUCGCUUCGUUACACAGUCAAGGUUGUGAGAAAAAGGAGAAGAAUUUUGGAGUAACAAAUUGUUUUGACACCUGCGUAUCAUCACUGGAUCUAAUUCAUCGUAUCAAGCAACGAUGGAUAGAAAAGAAAUCGUUCUCAUCACUGGUGGCGCUGGAUUUCUCGGACAGCAUUUGAUCAAAACUCUCCAGGAACAUGACACCAAGGUUCGAGAGAUUCGUGUCCUCGAUUUAAAACCAUACGAAAAUAUUCUAGGUCACAUCGACACCCAUCCAGUCGUAUCGAUUCUGGGCGAUAUCUGUCAACCGGAAAAAAUCGAAUCUGCCUUCCAGGAUGUCGACUGUGUUUUCCACAUGGCGGCCUACAUCAAUUUUGACUUCCCGCCCAAUCAGAAGGAAUUGCAACGGGUCAAUGUCGAUGGAACGCAGACCGUGAUCAAUCUGUGCCGGAAGUACAAUGUUCCGCGGUUGGUUUUUACCAGCGAUUGUUUGAUCCAUAUGACGCCCUACAUGGGAAGGGCAAACUUCACAGUAGUUUGCAAUCAAACGGAACCGAAAACAAAAAUUCCCACCAAGGAGAGCGAGUUCCAGAUACCGGGAUAUGCACCGUCCAAGUUGAAGGGCGAAAAUCUGGUGCUGGAUGCUAAUGAUACUCUGCUGGCGAAUGGAGAGAAGCUGAAAACGAUUGCCAUUCGACCACCGGUAAUGUUCGGCGAGGGUGACCAGCUUUUUGUGCCGACGUUGAUUAAAGUGGCCCUUCGAUUCGGUGGGGAACUGCCCAAGAUUGCCGGCCCCGGGGGAAAGCAGCAGGUGCUCUAUGCCGGAAAUGCCGCCUGGGCUCACUACCGGGCCAAGGAAGCGCUGGCCUUGAAACCGAAAGAAAUCGCUGGCUACCCGGUAUUCGUGACCGAUGAAUCCGGCAUCGAGGACACCACCCGCUUCUGCCAGCGCUUAUCCCGAGCUAAUGAAACGCUUAAGCUGCGGCCAUCCUGGUACCAGAUUCCGCUGUUCCUGUCCUUCUUCCUGGCCUUCCUGUUGGAGCUGCUGAUUAAAGCGCUUAAUCCGAUUGUGAAAAUUAAACUGAGCUUCCCUCCGUGCGGGCUGCUUUCCUACAUGUCAUCGAUUCUGCUGUUCAAUCGGAUUCGAGCCUCCAUCUAUCUGGAUUACGAGCCUAUCUACAGCGAAGAAAAGGCGGUGACCAGGUCUGCACUUUGGUACGAGAAGUGGUACCAGGACUACUGCCAGCAGCACCAGCUGAAGAAGUUGAAAGUCAAAUGAGUGCUUCCUGUCGUCUGGCCGGGGCAGAUAUCGACGAGAACGACAACGACGACGACUGGACGUUCCAAUUUUUGGGCUGCUCCAGGUGGACUCUAGAGAGCUGGCAAAAGAGAUUGCAUACGUUUAAAAUGAUGAAGACAACAACGACAAUUCUCCAGACAACAAAAAGUCGUUUGCAGAAAUAAAAAAAAAACUCUAUUUCGUGCUUGCGUGUAUGUGACUUCGAGGACAUCCGCUGGAAUGUCCUCACAUAUUUUACAUUCUCUUUAAAAACUGUGAAAACUUAAUAAUUUUAAAUUAAUGACACAA